ACCAAAGAGCAACCUCAAUAUACCUCCUCCCUCUUUCAAGUGACUGAGACUAGGACCAACCCUUUGCACGAGCCUUUCAUCUCACUCCUCUCUCUAUCCCUCUCUCUUCAUUGAACUCCGAGAUCAUAUAAUAUCUCAAGUGGUUAACCAUGGAUCAUGAUAUGGAAUUAAAACAUACUCUCACAUACAGCCCAGAACUACUUCUGAUGUGAGAAAGACAACCCUCCAUCCGACACCAAUUCUCUCUAACCAGUUUCUUCCAAGACACACCCAUCCCACCAAACCCCAUCCGUCUAUCACAUACCUCCCUUUCAAAUUCAUGUUCUUCAUUCCCCUCUCUCUAUCUCCCCCUCUAUCUCUCCAUCCUCAGGCGUUCUAUCUCUCUCUCUCAUGCAGCCUUUUCGCAGAAAGAGUGCUCCUCUUUUCAGCUUCGAAGCAGGGAUAAUGAAGGCCCGCAAGAACAAUAACCUCCCAAUCUUUGUUGUCGUCUUUUCUGUCAUUCUCUUCGGGAUCUUCAUGUACAACGAGGACGUUAAGUCCAUCGCUGAGUUCCCAUUCUCAAGAACUAAAGCUCAAGAAAUCCAAGAAGGGAAAGCAGAUACAGAAACAGAAUCAGUCGACCCUGUUCGAAAGGAUGCUAUUGGCGAGACAGGCGUAGACGACUCUGCCGUAGUUGACCCUGUUCGAAGAGACGUCAAGGAGGAAGACGUAGAUCGUGAAAUCGCAACCGUCGCAGAUUCCGGGAAAUCAGAAGAUCAGUUGGAGAAAACCCAGGAAGACGAUUCCGAUGAAGCUCAAGAACAGGUUGUUGAUUCAGUCGUGUCCAAAGAAAAAGAUGAGAAGAUCGAGUUGCCGGGUGUGAAGGAGGAGGAGGAUGACGAUGAUGACGAAGAAGAUGAAGUUGUUGAGUUACCUCCAGAGGAUUGUGAUUUGUUUACAGGGGAAUGGGUCUUCGAUAACGUGACCCAUCCUUUGUACAAAGAAGAGAAAUGCGAAUUCACUUCCCAAGUGACCUGCAUGAAGAAUGGUAGACGUGAUUCUCUGUAUCAGAACUGGAGAUGGCAACCCAGAGACUGCUCUUUACCCAAGUUCAAACCAAGAUUGUUGCUUGAGAAGCUCAGAGGUAAGAGGCUUAUGUUCGUUGGAGACUCACUGAACAGAAACCAGUGGGAAUCAAUGGUGUGCAUGGUCAAUGCUGCGAACCCAUCAGGCAACAAGACCUGGUACAAGACUGGCUCUCUUGCUAUCUUCAGUAUCGAGGACUACAACACUACAAUAGAAUUCUACUGGGCCCCAUUUCUAGUGGAGUCAAAUUCAGAUGAUCCAAACAUGCACAGCAUAUUGAACCGCAUAAUCAUGCCUGAAUCAAUAGAGAAGCACGGGGUGAACUGGAAGGACGUGGACUUCCUCAUCUUCAACACCUACGUAUGGUGGAUGAACACUUUCUCUAUGAAAGUUCUACGAGGCUCGUUCGAUGAAGGGUCCACUGAAUACGAUGAAGUCUCUCGGCCAAUAGCAUAUGGGAGAGUUCUGAAAACAUGGUCGAAAUGGGUGGACGACAACAUUGAUCCAAAUCGUACUAAAGUUUUCUUCACCAGCAUGUCACCUCUUCAUAUCAAGAGUGAGGAUUGGAAUAACCCAGAUGGGAUAAAAUGUGCGAAGGAGACCACCCCUGUUUUGAACACGACGACCCCGCCGGAAGUGGGUACGGAUCGCCGGCUUCUCGUGAUCGCCAACAAUGUGACCCAGUCGAUGAAGGUGCCGGUGUGCUUCAUCAACAUCACCACCUUGUCGGAGUUUCGAAAAGAUGCGCAUACAUCUGUGUAUACGAUCCGCCAAGGGAAGAUGUUGACUCCGGAGCAACAGGCCGACCCGACUACUUAUGCGGAUUGUAUCCAUUGGUGCCUACCAGGGUUACCCGACACGUGGAAUGAGUUCCUUUAUGCACGUAUAAUCUCUCAAUCUUGACAUUCAGACGUACGUACAUAUAUAUAUCUUCACGUAUUCCUUUUUUUUUUUUUAUAGCAACUUCACGUAAUUGGCAUUGAAAUGCUCUUUCAACUCAUAAGAAAAAGGCUUCAACUUUUGUUUUAUCUGUUUUAAGUUCUUGUAAUCCAACCCCCUCCCCACAAAGGGUAUCUUCUUCUAGCUUUCGACUCUUCAAAAUUGAGCUAUAAGAUUUGGAAUUUUGAUUUC